UGUGAGUCAGACGGUGUGUCUGGAGGAGAGUGGAUGGAUGUGAAGGAUCCGUCUAACAAGCUCAGACACGUUUCUUCUUCUUCUUCACCCGGACAGCAGAGGCUCCGUCUCUAACCCGCCCUCCCUCCCACUCCUGGGGAACACAGGGGGGAUGAAUGGGGAGGCCAUGGAGGGGAGCCUGGUGCAGGAGCAGCAGCAUGCCGGUAACGGCUCCCACCUCCCUCCUCCUCCCACCAUCACGCCGGCCAUCCCCCCCUACGUGAAGCUGGGUCUGACCAUCGCCUACACCAUCUUCUACUCGCUGCUCUUCGCCUUCGUCUACGCCCAGCUGUGGCUGGUGCUUCGGUACCGACACAAGCGCUUCAGCUACCAGACGGCCUUCCUGUUCCUGUGUCUGCUGUGGGCCGCCCUGCGCGCCCUCCUCUUCUCCUUCUACUUCAGAGACUGUGUGACCGCCAACGCACUCGGACCAUUCGCCUUCUGGCUGCUCUACUGUUUCCCCGUCUGCCUGCAGUUCUUCACGCUCAGCCUCAUGAACCUCUACUGUGCACAGGUUUACUUUAAGGCGAAGUCCAAGUACACACCUGCACUGCUCAAGUACAGACUUCCUCUGUACCUGGUCUUCUUGGGCGUCAGUCUUCUCUUCCUGGUGGUUAAUCUGGUCUGUGCCCUGCUGGUCAAAAUGACCGCCGCUGAUGUGAAGACCAUCGUCCUGGUGAGGGUCACAAUCAAUGACAGCCUCUUCGUCCUCUGCGCCAUCUCGCUGUCCGUCUGCCUCUACAAGGUCGCCAAGAUGUCGCUGGCCAACAUCUACCUGGAGUCAAAGGGGACGUCGGUGUGUCAGGUGACUCUGAUCGGCAUCAUGGUGGUGUUGCUGUACGCAUCGCGGGCCUGUUACAACCUAGUAGUGCUCGCCCUCACCGACAUUGAGACCAUCAACUCCUUCGACUACGACUGGUACAACGUCUCAGACCAGGCGGACUUGCGGUCGUCACUGGGAGACGCUGGUUACAUCGUGUUCGGGGUGAUUCUGUUCGUCUGGGAGCUGCUGCCCACCUCACUGGUCGUCUUCUUCUUCAGGGUCCGCCGGCCACCUCAGGAAAGGAGCACUGUUGGGAUACCAAACCACGUUCUCUCCUCCAGAGGAUAUUUCUUUGACAACCCUCGUCGGUACGACAGUGACGAUGACCUGGCGUGGAGCAUUCCUCCCCAGAAUGCAUCAGCGAGUCUUUCCUCCGACUGCUACGACUGGGGCAGCCGCCACAGCAGCUUCACUGUGCACACCAACAGCGACGAGCAGCGCCUGACGGCCACCGCCACCACCGGAGAGCUCCACCCUUACCCAUAAUCCCUCCCCUCACUGUAUAGCAUCACUCUGCACUUUGACACCGAUCAGUUAUUGUGUUUCUUAUCAUCACUGACGUAGACGUUUGUAGAGUCACUGUAGAGAAUUUAAAGAAAAUAUCAGAAUGUUCAGCAGGGUUCCUACACGGCCGCGUCGUACUCAAGUUGUUUACGAGGUCUUAAUAGUUUUGUACAGAUAAUAAGUUUGUUUGGGCAAAACCACGUCUGAGUAGAUUUCUGUUGAUAGUCCAUCAAAAUGUUAAUAUUCUGCAGCUCUAUUUAGUUGGACGUAUUUCCCAACGUGAUGUUACGAUGGUCAGCAGUCAGGAAAAAGUAAUCUGAAGAUCUGCUGUUUGACAUCGGUGCUGUUGGUAGUAUGCGUCGAAUGACAGAACGGAGCACUGCGACGCUGCACGUUCAAAAUCACAGCGGAAAAUAAAAAACUUUAAAACAACCAAAGUUACCGACGUUAUCAAAAACAUUUGAAACAGAAUUAUUGGGUGUUCUUGCUGUAUGAUCACCAGUGAUCCAGACUAACUCUGUGUAUGAACCCUGCUUCAGAGAGAAUCCAUGUAUUUUAGACCCACAGUAUGUAGAUGAUGUCGUGAUGAAUGUUUUAGACAAUGUUUCUUGAUCAUUUGGGGAGUUUUUCAACGAGGAUUACUCGAUUAAUCUGCCAUAGUUCAAAUAAUCAUUACCACACAGACUCCAGGUGAUUUUUAAGAUUUCUCGCAGUUGUUUGAUCAUUAAUUGGAGACGUUUUGUGAACGAGCAGCCACACAAAUAUCAGACUGAAGAGAUAAUCAGACCAGUUAAUAAAGGUUCAUUAAGUCUAGUUUUAAAAUUAAACUCUAGGUUGUGAACGUUCAGUAUUUUUCCUGUUCUUGUUUCUAAGUGACUUAUGGGAAUAGUUUGAGUGAGUUUCUGGAGUGGUUCCAUGACAGCCUGUUUCGUCUCGUUCAAUUCGAAUGUUAAAACAGGUUCCAGGUUGAAAAAUAGUGAAAUUAACUUUUAAUUUUCUGCCCUCAAAAAUCCUUGAAAAACUCCUCAAGUCAUUUUUUUGAGGUUCGUGACUGUAAAGAGACGAAACUGUCAAACUGAAUAACGCACUGUGUUGAUUCAACAUAAUCGAUAUCCUGUAAAUAUCAGUAACCAGACAGCUGAACACCUCUGUGUUGUUUUGAUGUUCACCUCAAAGUAUCCACAUAUUAACAAGUAAUUUAAUGUUGGGUUUUAAUUUGACUUAACGAAUCCAUCAGACUGUCCAAAUAGAAACAAUGAAGGAAAACAUGAUUUGAACCCAUCGUUACAUUUUUGUUAGUAUGAGCUUUGUUUGCAGUGUUUACAUUUCUGAAACGAUGUUCAGAAAAAAAAGUCUAUAUUUCUAACAGACGCGGGUUUUGUAAGUUCUUUGUACAGAGUCUCACUGAGAUCGCAGUGUUUCGUUGUUGAGCUUUUUGUUGUGUUUGUGACGUGUCCACACAAAAUGUAACACUUCAAUAAAACUGUCA